UAACCAGCUUCGUGUAUUGAACGUAAAAUAUGCCGCCGUGAAUUGCCAUAAAACAGUUUAUUAGAUGGCCAAUAUCUUGAGCUGUUUAAAGGUCCCAACAGGAAGUCAUUAUGUUUUGCUCCGAGUGAACGAAUGAGAGAAAAGCGGGCUCGUAACUGUUGGGACUACUUCAGUGUCUAGAGACACUCGAUUCCGGUAAUAAUUCCCUAAGGUGUGUCCGUUUUUAUUCCGGCCUAAGUACGGACGCUACUCCGCUUGUGCAGAGUAAAAUCCCGUGCACAUUUGACACAAGGGUUUCCUGUGUUGUGAUGGCUUGCUAGCUGGCUGCUAGCACUGCGGGAUGGUCGCCGCUCCUGCUGAGAAGACAGCGGUUUUACACUCGUCACGGAGGCUUGGUACUUUCUCUCCUACGCUUCCUCGUCUCUUCAGGCGAACAAAGAGUCGGGCAUUGCUGUGAGGGCGACCAGAACAUGAUGUUGACAUCCAGCGGAAGAUUCAUCCUCACCCAGCGACCAAAAUCAUGGGUGUGAUUCACGGCUGCAGAGAUUUCACUCUCGCUUAAAUGGAAAUCUCUCUCUGAUCUUGAAGAGCAGCUGCAUCAGCGACUGGAUGUGCAACCUUUUCAUUGUUAUCUCUGUGUCCACGAUCAAGCUGUGUGUCUGGGAGGUCUGGCAGUGAUGCUGUACAUAUAAACAUUAGAGGGAAUCAGAGCAAAGAAAGCCCGACGAAGGACCUCCAGGACGGGAUAGGUGCUGAGGAACUACCCUGCCCUGCAGAAAUAUGGCUUCAGUCUGGAAGAGACUGCAACGUGUGGGCAAGCACGCCUCUAAGUUCCAGUUUGUGGCUUCCUAUCAGGAGCUGAUGGUGGAAUGUACCAAGAAGUGGCAACCUGACAAGCUGGUGGUGGUAUGGACCCGCAGGAGUCGGCGGAAAUCCUCAAAGUCUCAUGGGUGGCAGCCUGGCAUCAAGAACCCUUACAGAGGAGUGGUGGUGUGGCCGGUACCAGAGAAUGUGGAAAUCACUGUUACUCUCUUUAAGGACCCACAUGCAGAGGAGUUUGAAGACAAGGAGUGGACGUUUGUAAUUGAAAAUGAGUCUCCAUCGGGACGAAGAAAAGCUUUGGCCACCAGCAGUAUCAACAUGAAGCAGUAUGCCAGCCCCAUGCCCACGCAGACAGACGUCAAGCUCAAGUUCAAGCCGCUGUCGAAGAAAGUGGUGUCGGCCACGCUGCAGUUCUCUCUCUCUUGCAUCUUUCUCCGGGAGGGAAAAGCCACUGAUGAGGAUAUGCAGAGCCUGGCCAGCCUCAUGAGCAUGAAGCAGGCGGACAUCGGAAACCUUGACGAUUUUGAGGAGGACAACGAUGAGGAUGAGGAAAACAGGGUGAACCAGGAGGAGAAGGCAGCCAAGAUAACAGAAAUAGUAAACCAGUUGAAUGCCCUCAGCAGCUUACAUGGGGAUGAUGAUGAUGAUGAUCAUGAUGAUGAUGAUGGUGGUGGUGAUGAUGAUGAUGUCCGUAAGCGGGUUCACAAAGCAACAGCUAAGCCUGCUGCUUCGUCCCAAGAGCUCAUUAACAAGCUGAACUUCCUGGAGGACGAGGAGCAGGAACCAUUGCCUGCCAUGAGCUCCAAUCCUUUCCUUGAGAGAGAAGACCAUCUGGACGGGAGCAACCACCUCAAUCCAUUUGGGGACCCUGACGAGGAAGAUCCAGGUGAGCCGCAGGUCACGCAGCAGCAGGCUGGGGAAGACUCUGUCUACAUCUAUGAUUCAUCAAAUCCAUUCAAUGAGCCAGAGGAACCAGAGACGCAGGCUUCCUCAGGAAACCCCUUUGAUGAUCCUGAGCAGGAUGUGGACCUCGUCCCAGAUCCAGAACCCCCAAAACCCAGACAGAGGAAAGGAGUCCGACCAGUUGACAUGAGCAAGUAUUUGUACGCCGACACAGCUGCCACCAAUGAGGAGGAGGAGCUUGAUGAGUCCAAUCCGUUUUAUGAACCAAGGACAUCGAGCCCCACACAAACCCCGCCGAGUCGACCCACCCAUGACGUGGGCAGCAGCCAGAAGAGGAGGGCACCGCCGCCCCCUAGUUCCAGUCUUGGCAUCAGUCCCGCUCCACCCGCUCUCAAGCCCAGCUCUGCUCCAGACGGGGAGAAAGCCCAGACAGUCGGGCCUGGCCCUGUGGCUGCUCUCAUGGGAAGGGAGCUAGCCUCCUCUUCCCCCAAGCCCAGCCCGGUACCAAGUCCGGUUCUCGGGGGGAAACCCAACGCCAGCCAGUCUCUCCUCGCCUGGUGUCGCGAGGUCACCAAGAACUAUCGCGGAGUCAAAAUCACCAACUUCACCACGUCUUGGCGAAACGGCUUGGCAUUCUGCGCUCUGCUGCACCACUUCAGGCCUGAUGCAAUUGACUACAAGUCACUCAAUCCUCAGGAUAUUAAAGAAAACAACAAAAAGGCGUAUGAUGGGUUUGCAAGCUUGGGCAUCUCUCGUCUUCUGGAGCCGUCAGACAUGGUACUGUUGGCGAUCCCCGACAAGCUGACCGUGAUGACCUACCUGUACCAGAUCCGGGCCCACUUCUCAGGUGAAGAACUCAACGUGGUGCAAAUCGAGGCCAACAGCAGUCGCAGCAAAUACAAAGUCGGGGACUUUGAAACCGAUACAAAUGCCUCCAUCGGCCAGGACAAGUUCUAUGCAGAGCUCAACGACGUGCAGCACCGACAUACUAGCGUCCCGCCAGUUGACUCCAGUGUGGCCAUUGGAAAAAAUGGCACCACAGCAGUAAUGGAGUCUGACUGGAAGGUGAACGAUGGAGGGACAAGCUUGUACACAGAGGAAUCUGUGCUGUCCUCACCGCCAGUCCCCUCACCACGCACAACCCCUGCUGCUUCCACAGCAUCCUCCACACGGGUGACGUCAUCAGAUGACAGAGGAAACCUGUUCAAAGCCAACACUGUGGACCUUGGUGACCUUCCAUCAAAAACAGAACGAGCAAGCGAAAAGGAGAGAAAGGAGAAGGAAGAGGUUGAGGAGCAGGACCGGGGCAAGGGUUUCGUACCGGGUUCCCCAUCCGAAAGGGGCUUGCCGUCCUUCUCAUCCUCCCCUCCUCACCACAAACUGGGUUUCUCCUACAACAGAGAUGCAGACCUCAUCAAGAAGAAAAGAGCUAGCUUACGUCAUUCAGAGUCAGAACCCUCCUCGGAGACCAGCUCGCCGCCUCACGUGUCCCCAAAAGAGGUGAAGAAACAGGACACCGCCCCACCUCCAUUAUCAAGUCCCCCAGCUGAGAAAAAGAUACUGUCGCGUCAGGAGGAGCUGAAGGAGAGAGCCAGACUUCUGCUGGAGCAGGCCAGGAAAGAUGCUGCACUCAAGGCCGGCAGCAAGAGCACCCUCAAUUCAGCAUCUGUUGCCACAACUCAGGGCACCAGUGCCGCUGACGAGCGGGAUGCUGAGCGACGGCGACAGCUGAGAGAGCGAGCGAGGCAGUUGAUCGCUGAGGCGCGGUCGGGAGUCAAGAUGUCUGACAUGAGUCUGCUUGAUGCGUCCACUUUUGAGAAGGCCAAGGGCAGCAAAGGCGCCCCCUCUGGAGAUGUUUUGGACGGAUCAAGUGGUGACAAUGAAGGUGUUAAAAAGGGUGAGGACGGGGAGCUGCUUUUCCAUUUUGAUGCCGGUGAUGAUGAGACCGCGGCUGCUACCUCAUCUGCUUCCGCUCUGGUUACUAACCCGCUGUCACUGGAGGGCCUUCUGUCGACUCUGCCCGGCACACAGGAGCCCCUGGAUCUUACUAACCCCAGCUCUGAGCUAACACCCUUGGGUGCUAACGUGAAGACUGUGGACCUGAAGCUGAAGAAAGUGGUGGAAGUGAAACCAAGUGGAGCGCUCUCUCCUUCAUCCCCGUCCUCCACCUCCUCUUCCUCUUCUCCCACAGCCUCAUCCACCUCACCACUCAGCCCUGCCGAUGGAUCAGAGAACAACGCGGAGGAGUUACGAGCCGAGCGAUUACGCAGAGCCACAGAGAGGUUACGCAGUCCUGUGGUCUUCAACAAGGACGCCGCCGUCAGAAAGACUCAGCUCAAGUCCUUCAGUCAAUAUGUGGAGAGUCGACCAGAGGUGAGAAGGCAGAAGUCUGUUCCAGAAGAUCUGAAGAAAGCUGAGGAGGAGAGGGACUCUCCUACUGAGAUCGACAUUCUGAGGACGUUUGAAGAGGAGGCGUUCAAAGACACCAGUCAGUAUGUGGUUGGGGAGCUGUCUGCGCUGGAGAGCGAGCAGAGGCACAUCGACGCCCGAGCAGCGCGCGUGGAGAAGAGGCUGCGCUAUCUCAUGGACACAGGGAAUAACAAAGAGGAGGAGGAGGCCAUGAUGCAGGAGUGGUUCAUGUUGGUCAACAAGAAGAACGCACUCAUCAGGCGACAGAACCAACUCUCUCUGCUGGAGAAAGAGCACGAUCUGGAGAGGCGCUUCGAACUACUGAACAGAGAGUUGCGGGCCAUGCUGGCCAUCGAAGACUGGCAGAAGACGGAGGCCCAGAAGAGAAGGGAGCAGCUGCUGCUGGACGAGCUGGUCAUCCUGGUCAACAAGAGGGACGCGCUGGUGCGAGACCUGGACGCCCAGGAGAAGCAGGCCGAGGAGGAGGACGAGCACCUGGAGCGCACGCUGGAGCAGAACAAAGGAAAGAUGAGCAAGAAAGAGGAGAAGUGUGUCGUCCAGUGAGGAACUUUAGUCCCACUCACUCACUCACUCACGUAUACGGCUUUUGGUUGCUCUUCAACUUUUAUGGGCUUUAAAAACAGGUACUUCAUAUAAUCAUGUUUGUGAUGCUUCACGAUGACGCGCCUUCCGCGGCCUGAGGGUGGCGCUGACUUCUCAACUCCUCCUACCCUCGCUCUCUGACCUGUAAUAUAUCUUAACUAUCUUUUUUGUUUUUUAAUAGAAAAAAAACUUUUUGGCUUGAAAGCAGUUUACCAAAAGAUUUUAAAAAGAAAACUCAUCGUGUACAUGUUCAUCACCGUGUUGCUUCACACUUCCUGGAGUCAUGCAGUUCAAUUUGAGAAACUUUAUAUGUUAUUUAUUGUACUUUUUACGCUGCUUCCACGUCAAACUGCCACCGUGUUUUUUUUUUCCUCCAUAAUUUUUUGGUUUGUAUUUAUUCAGAAAAAAGAGAACUUUGCUUCCACGUGUUUGUUCCAGCUACUUCAUGUGUUUAUCUGUUUAUUUAUUCCAGCGUCAUAACCCAAACAACACAAAUAAAGUCCGUUUUUUGAUUUACAAAAAAGGUGUUGAUUAACUUUUUUCUGGAAACUUUAAAAUCCAAACGUAUGUUUUGUCUUUUAUUUUGUUCGGAAAUGGUGAUAAAAAAAAAGUUUGGGAUUGUUCAUGUCAUUUUUGUUGUAAAUAACACAUAUGACUUUGUUUUGUUUUUAAGGAAAGUUUUCCCUGAGCACAAUUCACCAACUUCAGUUUCACUUAUUUAUUUUUUUUCAUGAUAAAUAUUCUACAUUACAUUUUUCGUCCAAAUCUGGAGAGUGUACUGUGGGGUUAAACUUCUGUGCCGAUUUGCGCCUAAAUACGUGGCUUCUUAGGAUUUGAAAAAGCAAUUUCGUGACCUUUAUUAUGAUUUCAAAGCGGAGAUCGUGUAGUUAUGAAGCCACACGUUAUUCUGGUCCUGGCGUGGCUCCAAAUGUGUCUGAGAAGGUGGCGUCAACUCCUCUGGAUCUCACUUUCACACGUCCGACAAUGAUCUGCGCGUAUUGCCGCGACUCUCGGAAGUCAUUUCGGUUAUUUUAAUAGGACUUUUCUGGUCGAGAUCGGCAG